CAGCACUAGCUAGCGGCGUCGGUGUCUCUUUGCAGUGAGUGGAAUCCGCGUUUAUUUUUUUUGUUGCUGGCAAAUUUAUUAAAGAAAAUCUGUCCAGCUGCGGUAAGUGAUUUAAAAUGCAGAACAUAAAAAGGCGGCCAAAUUGAUUGAGACGAAGUACAUCAAUAAUCUGUUUUGCAUUCAACUUUCUGUGUGCGUUUUAUUAAUUUCAAUCGACGCGUGUGUGUUUUUCGCGCUUUCCUCCAUUUGUGGGGCCAAAGCUGUCGCGACACAAGAUUCAGCGUAGCUUUCAACAGCUUUGCGGAACAGCAGACAGCGCUAAAUAAUGGAUCUGUUUGACAUUGUGCGAGCGGCACCGCCGCCAGAAAAUGUCAGGGAGCCAACAGCUCGAGCUGCAUCCGAAACUGACGCAAAUAAAACAAAACAGAGAGCGGCUUCAUCGUCUCCAGAGCCAGUAAACACAUGUAAUUCAGGAGAUGAUUCAGACACAGAUACUCUACGUUUUCCAAUUAAAAGAACGUCAAAGAGCGAUGCGGAAGCUGGCAAAAUUGAGACUACUGAGAAUACUGAGAUUGUUGAGACUGCUGACAUUGCUGCGAAUCUAGAUGAUGACAAUGAUGCUGCUGAUCAUAUUGCCGAUGAUGUUGACGAUGUUGCUGAUGAUGUUGAUGACCUUGAUGGUGAUGAUGAUGAUGAUGGUCAGCCACAGCCAGCACCACCCAAGACAAAGGCUCAGCAGAAAAUGUUUGCAGACGUAAUGUUGCCAUUAAAAGAUAAGGGCAAGAUCGCUGUUGGCCAAAUAAGGCCGUGUAUUGUGCGCAUUAAACGCUUGUCGCAGUCCGAGAUUCAACGUUACAUCACAGGGAAGGCGCCUAAACGCGGACGACCACGUAAGAAUGUCGAUGCUGAUGGUUUUGUAUCGCCGCCCAAAAAGCAAAAAAUUGCCAAUCCCAAGGUGCACAUCAAGUUGACACAAAACGGUACCAAGCAACGGGAAUCAAUGAAAUUCACACGGGCACCAACGCCGCCGCCACCGAUGUCAACAGCGGGGAAAUCGUUGUCAUCCAAAAUGGCCAAGAGAUCGCCGUUGAAAUGCGGCGCUAGUGCAGCGAUGAUCCGGCGUUAUGGCAGGCGUGUCUUCAGCUGUGUCGUCAAUGUCAAGCGGCUAAAACAUUCCAAUAUUGCCGUACGCACAAAUCGUAAAUCAAAAUCAAAGUUGUCGGUUUCGUUUAGCGAAGCUGUCGAAAUCCUUGGCAGUAAACCGCGCAAAUCUUCGUCCAUUGGGGGCAAUCCGAGAGCCCGGUCGAGUCUAUGUGCUUCGGUGCCGACACGUCUUCAGCGUGUCGAUGCCACUGGCAAUGUGGUUGAAGACAUUGAACUAAGUCCCAACGUGAUGCUUAAAGCUCCUUCUGCUGCUACUGCUGCUGGUGUUGCUGGUGCUGCCAACUCAUCACCCCGGACAAAACGUUCACGUGCCGGCGCCUGCAACAGUGGUCGGCGCGGUAGAAAGCCACGUUCAAGUUCUCUGCGCGUUCCAGUCUCUGGUCUUGCCAGCCUCAGUAUCGAUGACAGUCAGGCGGACAACGAAACUGGUGACGAGUACAUUGUGCCGAAUGAUUUACCCGAGUAUCAGACGCGAGGCGUGCGUCGUUCUGGCACUCCGAGUCCAGUUAAGAGAGUCACGACCACCACAGUAAGUGAUAAUGAAUCGGAGGAAGAGAAAUGUAAGACAACAGCGACAGUAUCAACAGCCAAGGAUCCAGAGAAAGAGACAGAGCCUCUCACAAAGGAAACGAAGCCUAAGAAUAUAGAGGAACCAGAUGAGCAAGAGAUCGAAAGGUUACAGUGGGUAACAGAACUGGAUACGCCGAGCGAAAAGCAGGAGGAAGCCGACACAGAACAAAAUCAAACAGCAAACUCCGAGCAGCAGACGAAUGUGGCUGCAGAAGCGGAUGCAGAAACGAAUGCAGAAGCGGAUGCAGAAGCGGAUGCGGAUGCGAAGCUGAAAGCAAAGGAACAGACAACACAGCUGGAGACAGAAGAGGAAGUUAAGCAGCGAGAGGAGCUGGAGAAGCUGGAAUCAGAGCUAGAUGCGAAGCUUGAUCUAGAGCUGGAUGCGAGCUUGAGUCAGGAGCUGGAAGCGAAGCUGGACGCAGAACUGGAUACGGAAACGGCGCUGGAUAAUAAGAAAACAUCUCCAAUAUUCCCGGCUAUAGCCGAUGAUGUCACAACAGACGAUAUAUUAGAAAUUCAAACGUCUAUCGAAGAUGUACGUGAACUGCAAACUCCUCCCUCGCGACAAAAUUCCCCACCUGUGUCACAGAAGCGCAGUUUACGCUUCGAAUCACCCGAGUCGGACUCUAGCUUUAAAUCGGCCCAUGAGCUGGACACUGGCGAAUUGCAAAAUACGGACAAACCGAACAAAUUGACGACGGUUCCGAAAACGCAUACGUCAGAGGCGUCCGACUCGGAUUUAAUAACGCCAAACGCAUCACAGAAUACAUUCAAUGGCAGUGAGCCAGCGAGCAGUUCCAGCAUAGUACAACCGCCAUUUUCGCCCAUCGGCGAUAUUCCCAACCUCGACGACGAUGAACUGGGUCAACUUGUUGCACCCGACUUUCAAAUGAGCAACAGCCGUCAUGCGAUCUCCAGAGGAACUCUGGACGAUAUUAUGACAGUAUUGGAAUCUUAGAGAUAAAUUUACCUGGACAUGGAUCCUUGAAGGAAAGUUUUGAAGGAACUCAAAUCAAAUCAUAUUUUUUUUUUUUUUGUUUAACCCAUUUGGGUAAUAAUAUACUCAGUAAUGUAUACAUAAAUGUAUAUUUGCCUCACAAACGUUGGUGUAUUUGUAUAUGAAUAAAAUACACAUAUGUUGUACGUUGUUUUGGGAGAGUACAGGGUAUCAAGACUACUCUCGACAUCUGCUCACUUCCAUCAACAGCUCUAGUCGUCGCCCGAGCUCUUAGUUGACAUAAUAUUAAUAUCUAAAUUGGAGCACGGUUCACAUGCAUAACAUAAUCAUAAACAUUAAUAUGUUUAAGAUGCUUAAAAGCAGUAAGGUUCGUUAUGCUGAUAAAAUACAGACCGAAACACACACACAUGCACACAAAACACUCACUCACACACUUUAAAUAAGCAUUAAUUAAAUUGCUCCCACUUUGAUUCUUUUAAGUAGUUGUAAAUUGAAAUGAUGUAUUAUUUACUUAAUAAAGUCUAUAUGAUUAUAAUUACA